AUGCUACCCUGCGUCGCCCUCCUCCUGAUGGGGCUGCCCGUGUGCACUGUGGCAGGUGACAGUGAACAGGAACUGGACCUCAGCACAGAAGCAAAGCCCUGGGUUAUCGUGACUUUGGAGGGAAACCUCAUUCCUGGCAUUCAGCUCCAGCUGCAGGAGGUGAAGAACGGCAAGGCGAGCCAGUUUUUUGGGCUGAUGGGAAAGCGGGAAGACCUCCAAUCCAGCCAGGAGCGAGAACAGGGUAUCAUCUGGAACGAAUGGUUCAGGGCCUCCUGGGCAGGGGAGGAGUGUCCACAGAAGGUAGGUGAGAGCCUCUAG